AUGGAUAGGAAUGCUGUGCGCCGCAAAAAAUAUGCAGAAAUGCCGCCUCUGAAGAAAGCAGAGCUUCUGCGCUCUCGAAGGCAGGCUCGGGCCUCCAAGAAAGCUGGAAAAGCUCCAGCUCCUCGUGUUCGCAGGGUCCCAUUAGGAUAUGUUGAAACUGGUGUGUCAUUCCCAAAUGCUCAUCAUAUGCCAUGUCGUAGUGAGGAUCCUACGGCUGCUCAUUCUCAGCCGUUGGGGAAUACACAUGUUGUGUUUCCAGCUGAUGAUGACUUUGCGAUUAGAGAGGGAUUAGAUUUCAUGUCGUGUCAGUCCCCUGGUUCAUUUACUGGUCAUCCUAUCCCCUCCUUUGGACCACAACUCAGUGAUGACCCAGGUAGAGAGAAACAUAAGCACGUAUUCUCCCUUCCGCCUGAAAAUGAACAACCUGUUAACCUUUCACAUCCUGAAGUUAUGCUAGGCUUAUUUCCUUUGAAUUCAUCUCUUAAGAACUCUGAACAGUCGAUUCCAAAAGAAAAUGCUCCUGCGAGUCAUUCUUUCCCUGCUGGAAUCCCAGAUUCUCCUUUAGAACAACCUUGCGAAGGUACUGUCUUGCCUUACGAUAUACGCUGUGUUUGCAAACCUCCUGGUCUGUUUCGGCCAGACUCCAACUUUCCUGCUCACACAGAGGAGGUGUCCAGGUGUGAGCCAACAUCUGGUCACUUGAAGAAAAAAACCAGAAAAGUAGCUCCUUCUUCUGAUCCAUCUAUUGUUCGCUCCCGUUACAAAAAACGCACCGCCCCUGCAUCUGUAAACAACCCCAGCUCAGCGAAAAAACAAGCUCGUGCACAUUCAACCAUGUCUCGUCUUGCCAAUAUUCCCAAUGCAUCUCUGGUUCUGCCUCGUGUUCCUGAUUGUCAGCAUUGUGGAGCGAAAAGGUUCCAUUUGGAACCUCCUUCCUUUUGCUGCUCAGGAGGAGAGAUCUCUAUCGUUGCUCCUCCAAUGCCUUACGAUUUGAAACGCUUAUUCAUUGGCAACGAUGAAGAGAGUGCUCACUUUAGAACCAUUGUUCGCACUUAUAACAACAACCUUGGCUUCACAUCUUUUGCUGCAAAGUAUGACUCUGAAUUAACAAAAAACACAAAAGGUGUCUAUACCUUCCGUGUUCAAGGUCAGGUUUACCACUUUCUUGAUGGUCUCGUUCACUUAGGUGAUCGACCAUCUGGAAUCCAAUUAUAUUUUUUUGACACUGCUGAGGAAUUAACAAAGAGGCUUGGUAACUCAGAUAAACUACGCGAAAGCACUUUAAGACUGCUUAUGCGCGUACUUUCUGACAAUCCUUAUGCUCGGUUCUUUAAAGGCCUUAGGGAUGUUCCACACCUUGACAACCUGAACAUUAUCCUUAAUUGUUAUCCUUCACUUGACCAGCGAGUAUAUAACCUUCCCUCAGCCUCGCAAGUAGCAGCUAUAUGGACUGAAAGUGAAGAUCAGUCGUCCGAUAGGCGCGCUCAUAUUCAGGUUUAUUCUCGCUCGGCUGGUAGCCAUAGGAUUCAACAUUACUAUGGCUGUUACGACCCUUUACAGUACCCUCUCCUUUUCCCUCGUGGUGAGUGUGGCUGGCACCAUGGGAUUAAAAGGCUUUGCAAGAGGAAAAGAGGAGGGGACGCUUGUGAGAAUGAUAUUAACAUUGAUCCAACUUCAGUUAACUCCUCAUCGGAGUUAAUCGAUUUAGAACAAAGAGCUGCUGACCAAGGAAAAACAGAGGAAAGUACUGUAUCUGCUAGGGAGUACUACUGUUAUAGGUUCCAAAUAAGGGACGAUGAUGAGUCAAUGCUGUUACACACUCUUAGGCUGCUACAGCAGUUUUCAGUUGAUGCUUAUGUCAAGAUUGAAACAUGUAGGCUUGACUUUCAUAGGCAUCGGCAAAACAAUAUACGUUCCGAAAUUCUGCAAGGGGUUCUUGACAGUGUUUCUGUUGGCCACACUGCUGCUUCUAAGGUUGGUCGUAAGGUCAUUCUUCCAGCUUCCUUUAUAGGUGGUCCGAGGGAUAUGAGGCGUCGUUACCUAGAUGCGAUGGCACUCGUACAGAAAUAUGGAAAACCAGACAUUUUUCUUACAAUGACGUGUAAUCCAGCAUGGAAAGAAAUUCAGGAAAAUUUGAAAUACCAUGAAAAACCUCAGGAUCGGCCAGACCUUCUCGCUAGAGUUUUUAGAGCCAAGUUUGAAAUGCUUAAAGCAGAAAUUCUGAAUAAGCAGAUCUUCGGCGAGGUUUCAGCAUGUGUUUACGUGAUUGAGUUUCAGAAACGCGGCUUUCCUCAUGCCCAUUUAUUAUUGAUCUUAAAACCUGGUCAUAAGCUGCUUAAUCCAGAGUCAUACGACAAAGUUGUUUGUGCUGAGUUGCCCGACAAAGAUAGAUAUCCUCACUUGUAUUCUCUUGUUGUGAAACAUAUGAUCCAUGGUCCUUGCGGAGCCAUGGAUACAUCUUGUCCUUGUAUGAGAGAUGGGACCUGCAAAAAUCGCUAUCCAAAGAGCUUUUGUUCUCAGACAACUCAUGGUGAGGAUACCUAUCCGUGUUAUAGGAGAAGAGAUGAUGGCAAAAGAGUGAAGGUUCGUAGAUUUACUCUUGAUAAUAGGUGGGUUGUGCCUUACAACCCUUACCUGCUUGCUUUAUUUGAUUGCCACAUCAAUGUCGAAAUUUGUUCUACUCUUAAGCUCGUGAAGUACUUGUAUAAGUAUGUUUUCAAAGGACACGAUCAAGUGAGCUUUAAGAUUAUUUCCUGUGCAUCAGCGGAUGCUAUUGAUGAAAUAAAAGACUUCCAGAAAGGUAGAUGGGUUUCACCUCCAGAAGCUUUUUGGCGCAUUUAUGAAUUUAAGCUGAGCGAAAUGACCCCUGCAGUUUACACCCUUCAGAUUCACCUUCCAGAUCAGCAAUUCAUUUCCUUUGACAAGAACUCUGACUUGCUGCAAUUGCUGAGUAAAAUUGACUUUUCAAAGACUAUGUUAACUCAGUUUUUUCGCAUGAACAAAACCAAUCCUAGAGCACAGAAUCUGAAAUGCUUGUACAGAAAUUUUCCUGAGCAUUUUGUUUGGUCUGGUAAAUAUAAAGAGUGGACUGAAAGAAAGCGUCGAAAGGUGAUUGGUCGCAUGGUCACUGUUAGUCCAAAGGAAGGAGAAAGAUAUUAUUUGCGGUUGCUAUUAACGCACAUUGCUGGCCCGACCUCUUUUGAAGACCUUUUGACUGUUAAUGCACAGAAAUUAGGUUCUUUUAGAGAAGCUGCUUUAGCUCUUGGCCUUCUACAAUCCGAUGCUUAUAUAGAGGAGACACUUCAGGAAGCGAAAUGCCAUCUUCAUUGA